ACAGAUUAUAAAUUUGCAGGAGCUCAAAUGGAGCCAUUCUAAAUCCAAGUCAGGAGAGCGAAAAUCGAUGCACUCCAAUGAAUGUUCCAAUGAUUCCAGACUUGGGAUUCCAUUGGGCUCAUGCUAUUACAGAUCAAAGUUUCACUGGUGAAUCUGCUGCAAGGAUCAAGGAACAAUUCUUUAAUAAUAUUUACCCUAAUAGAUAUACUGAAAUCUUGAACAGCUCACGAUUAAGAGAUUUGCCGUUGAAUGAUCUCAAUGCAAAACUCUUGCUUAGAACUUCUGUUUCUGGGAAUCUUACCAGUGGGAUUCAGCUUUCUUCGGGAGAUCUAUUAUCAAACUCUCCAAUUACAGGAAGUGGAAGGGGCUUCAACCGGAUAUUACCUGGUGUAAAUGUUUCGAAUUUGAAUCUAUCUGCAUCUUUAGCGAAUUCAAGCUCUUCGGAUAUGAACUUGGAGGCGCUGGAUGUUCUUACAUCUUCAAGAUUUAGUGGGAAGUUUAGCCCGUAUUCGCAAAAUGAACAAGGCCUAUUUAAAGACGAUCUUUCUUAUUAUGGCUUUGAUUAUACGCAGCGAUCAAAUAAAAUGCCAUUUCAUAGCAUAAAUAAAGUGUCAGCCUUAAGCAAUGGAGCAGCACUAGCAAAAAGCACCACCACUAUAAAGGAGGGAAAGGAAGUUGAAACAGUAAAACCUCGAUUAGAUUCACGCGCCGCCUGCUCACCACCCUUUAAGGUCAGAAAAGAGAAAUUGGGUGAUAGAAUUUCAGCCCUUCAACAGUUAGUAGCUCCUUUUGGCAAGGUACAUAAGCCUCUUUCCAAACCAGAAACUUGUGCAUAUUCAGUUCAUCAUUCCUAGCCUGACUCUCAUCUUGCAGCCUUAAAUUAUGUCACUUCAAAGAGUUGUAUGAUGCUAUAGACAUUUUGUCUGUAAACACACAAACAAACGCACCCAUAUAUUUGACACACACGGAAUUUUUGGUAAAGUAAACUCAACGACAGUAUCAGAUUAAAGUAUACUUUAUCCAAAAAGUGAAAGUGGCUAAAUAUUAUCCGUGAUAACGUCAAGUAAUUAUUUACAUAUAAAAACAUAGACUAAAUAUCAU